CACUCACUUAACAGCGUGAGAUUUCAUCACUGAGAGCCGAGCUUCACCUUCAGACGGAGACACUGAGUAACAUAAUAAGAGGCCGUGUUAAACAAAGAGCUCGCAUGGUUCAGGCUGUUCACGUUGUGCUUAUACAGCUAUAUUUCCUCAAAUUGAGAAGUCUAGCAAACCGUUGCUACAACUAAAAGCGCGUCCAUGGUUUCGCUGAAAGUCAAGGGUGUGAAUGGUGGGCUUUUACUAGCAGUAUAAAUACAAAGCGCGUAACGUUACCCGCGCUGCUGGAUGAACUGCACUGGGACGUCCUGAAGCAGGAUUACAGCAGCAGAUCUGCAGCGAUGGCUGACACUUUACGAAGACUGGUGAACUCAUCUCCGUACGGCGUUUUGCAGGACAAACUGGAAGCUUGGUACAAAGACUAUCAUGUGUGCUCUUGUGACCAAAACCUGAAUAGGUGCUGUGAGCUGGUGGAGCUCACCUCUAAAAUUCAGGGUCAAUUGUUCACCAUACUCAACCUUACAGCACAAGAGGGGGGACAUUAUUCAGGGGUUGACACACUGAAAUCUCGCCUUUUACCAUGGCUUGGCUCUUGCUUCACCAUUGGAGCUAAGUCUGUCUCCACGGAUACCAGCCUUAGCCUCAUUCAGGAAUCUAUGGAGAAAGGUCGGAAGAUUCGGGAACUAUCCUCAGCUCAUGAGAGUGACAUGCAGAAAAUAGAAGACCAGCUGUGUUCUACACGUAUGGAGUUGGACACAGUUAAACAGGAGCUUGCUGACACCCAGAUAGAACUGGACUCCACAAAGAAUAAAUCUGCAACCACCCUGUUGGCCACAGAAGAUGAAAUACUACAUCUAAAGGCAGAGUUGCGAAUUGCUCAAGAUCAGGUUGAUCUAUAUAAGAGAAAGCUGGAUGUACUUGAUGACUAUGAGAAGCAGGUCAGAAUCCUAAGAGAUGAGUUUCUCACCUCUGAAAAAACUGUUCUGCAGGAGAGAUCGGUCAGGAGCCGUUCACCUAGUCCUCUUCCCCGCCGGAGUCGCUCCAAAGCGCUAUUUACAAGAGAAAAAGCUCCACACUAUCAUUUUCUAAGUGGACUGCACUUGACUUGA